ACAGUGCGAGACACCGCUUCUUUUACAGAUAUUUUAACAGAAACUUAAAACUUAUAAAGAGAACAGAAUCGGACAUUGGAUGCUAUAAAUUCAUCCCUAUACUUAUUUAGUUCAACAGGUGAAUGUGUGGACCUGUAUCUUGCAGCUGGGAGACAGAUGGAGAAACACACACAAGCACUGCCACCCCAUUCUCCUCUACAUUCCCCUCAAAGUGAUUCAGAAGCUCUGUCUCGAUCCCCCUCUCUUCCACAGCCUGCCGCUGUUCAGCUCGCGUCCCUCCCUUCCUCCCUAACCAGCCCAGCCUCCUAUCUAUACUCAGCCCCUCGGGCAUCUGGAGGGUCACACUGCCUCAGUCCCUCCACAGUAUCUGACCAGGAUGACCUGACCUGCCUCAGCUGGCUGCAUCAAAGAGGGAACCUGUUGCCCCUGCAGCCACUGCCUAAAAUCACAGCACUGCCCCAGACAUUAGACCCGAUUCCUGUCCAACAGCUGCCUUCCUCCCCUACCAAACCCCCGUACUCUUUUAGCAGCCUCAUCUUCAUGGCAAUAGAAGAUUCGCCUGAGAAGAGGCUUCCUGUGAAAGGUAUUUAUCAGUGGAUUGUCGACAACUUCCCCUAUUAUAGAGAGGCUCCCGGUGGAUGGAGGAACUCGGUCCGACACAACUUGUCCUUGAGCAAGAGCUUCCAACGAAUACAUCGAGACAAGAGUCAAUCCGUUGGAAAGGGCUCAUUAUGGCGUGUUUGUCCAGAAUAUCGGCCAGCUCUUCUGGAAGUUCUUAGAAAAACACAUUAUUGUCAUCGUACCAACAGCAGCUUGCUGAACAAGCGUGUUUUGUUGGAGGUGGCUGAUAAUGGGCUGAACACCUUGGGUGAUACCAUGGAAAUUUCAGAUCUAGAUUUUCUGUCUUCAAACCCGCCGGGCUCUUUGUCACCAGAUCACGAGGAGCUGGUCCCCAUGGAGUCUGUGGAACUGACAGAGGUUGCCGGCGAGGAUUCAGAUAAAGAUCCAUUGGCAGACAGUGGUUACAUUGAGUUACACUAUUAUCAGUAUCAGCAGUAUCAGUACCUGGUUCUUCCAGAAGACACUGAGUUGGACCUGGAGACGGUUGAGAUACUGCAGCUUGAUGCAGAGGCUCAGGAGGCUGCAGGGUCACUGCUUGACCUCGCGGGAGGCAACCACUGAGAGCUUACCUGUGUGCUGUGUACAAGCAAGGAGGGUUAAUGGGGAGAUGGGGCCACUGUGAGAACUCUAGGCUUGAUGUACUAUUGGCACUUUAUAACUGCCUGAACUUUACUUACUGUCAUAAAAGGUGCAACAUAAGCAAUUCCAAAUAAUCUAGUGAUUUGAAAAG